AUGCCGGAGGCGGCUGAGACCGGGGACACGCCUGCGGGAGAGCGGCCCCCGGGCCCGGCGCGGGGGACGAGCUGGCCGUCACCGGCCAUCGGGGCCCUGCUGUCGGCCAUGUGCGCCGUGGGGCUGGCCGGCAACGCCUACACGCUCGUCGUGUGCCGCCCGCUGCCCGCCGCCUCCAUGUACAGCUACGUCGUCAGCCGCCUGGCCGACCUGCUGUGCCUGGCCACCGUGCCCUUCGUCGUGGCCACCUAUUCCGCAGAGUGGUUGUUCGGCGAGCUGGGCUGCCGCCUGCUCUUCUGCCUCGACUUCCUGACCAUGCACGCUAGCAUCUUCACGCUGACCGCCAUGAGCACCGAGCGCUACCUGGCCGUGCUGCGGCCGCUGGACACGCUGCGGCGCUCCAAGCUACCGCAAGGCCGCCGCCGGGCCAUCUGGCUCCUGGCGCUGCUGCUCAGCCUGCCCAUGCUGCUGGUGGUCCGGCUGGAGGGCGGCCCCAAGCGCCUCUGCCUGCCCUGGGGCUGGGCCUCCCACGGGGCCUACCUGGUCCUGCUGUUCGGCUCGAGCAUCGUGGGCGGCCUGGUCAUCGGCUACCUGUACGGCCGCCUGGUCGGCGCCUACUGGCGCGGCCCCCGGGCACCGGGCCGGCGCGGCGGCGGCCCGAGCGCAGAAGGUGCUCUGCCUGAUCCUGGCCAUCUGCUCGCCUUCUGGGCCUGCUUCGUGCCCUUCUGGACCUGGCAGCUGGUGCUGCACUUCUGCCGGCCGCUGCCGCUCGGCCCCGGCCGCCGCAGCGUCAACUACCUGACCACCUGCCUCACCUACGGCAACAGCUGCGAACCCUUCCUCUACACGCUGCUCACCCACAACUACGCGACUCCCAGCGCGCCGCCCGCGCCCCACCCCCGGACCCCGGGACCCCCGGGGCCUCCGCCCGGCCCAGCGCGGGCGUCCGGAGCCUCGCUGUCCGCCGGCAACCAGCCGGCCACCGAGACCUUGGCGCUGGCGCGGCGGGGAGCGCCGGCCGGGCCUGAGCCCGGAGGUCCGAGGAGCGGGACGGGACCCGGAUCUCUCAGCUCCCGCGCCUCCUCACCCCCGCGCCCCCGGCCCUGCCCCUGA